GCAGAGGGAAGAGAUGAAUUCUCGAGUUUACAGCUUAUCUCUGAUUUGUCUACAGUAAAUUCUAAUAAUGCUCCUGAACCUGAUGAAAUUGAACCUAUUAAAAGUCAGUAUAUAGAACAAGGAUUAAUAAAAGAAUUGCUUAAUAGCAACCCUAUUAUAUCGUCAGUUAUAAUACCAGAAUAUCAAAC